AAAUGGUUUGAUCGAUUCAAUUGAAUUAAAAAAAUUUCUCGUGGGUUUUCUUCCUCACGGCCGGCGCACCUACAACUUCGACGCGGCGCUGGCCUUUUCUUCUUCUUCCCUAUUUCCUCCCUCCCACUCUUUCUUCUUCUCCAGCAGCAGCACUCAUCCCUCCCACUCCUUCUUCUCCGACGGCAGGCACCAAUCCUCCCUCUCCUUUCUUCUUGUUCUUCUUCUUCAAUUGCAGCAUCAUUUCCUCCCUCUUCUUCUAGGGUUUUGUUUUCACAACAAGAGCAUCCCUUGUUUUGCCCUUCCCUGUCACCGGAGACGCCGGAGCUAGCCGAGGCCGCCUGCAAAGAGGGGAAAAGAAGCCCUAAUUGCUGCCCUCUCCUAGCAACAAAAGCAGCACCUUGCUGCCCUCUUUUCAAGCCGCCGGCAGAUUUCUUCCUUUCUUCCCAAAAGUCUCCUUCUUGUGCCAGCUAACAGCAGCCCCUCUUCUUGCUUCUUCCUGUAUUUCCGGCAACAGGGGCAACACCACCCACCCAACACUUCAACAGCAGCAAGCUGCCUUCCUCCUGUUAUUACAGCUUUUACGAUCACCAAUUAAAGGUUUGAUUGGCCUAAGGUUUCGUAUCAACGAAAUACAGGAAGAAGCAAGGAAGUUGCAAGAUACUAGGUCAAGUAGAGCACGAUGAUCCGCUAACACUCGAAACUUUACUGCAUAUAGAGUUGAAUCUGGUGACAAGGAGAACAACCCCAUCAAUGUCCACUGCACUUCUGCUCUCAGUGACUCGACGAGUGCACACCUCUGCGCCGCCACCUCGGCUCACCAGAUUUGUCCUCCGGCCGCCAAAGGCUGUGGAAGUAGAGUACUCCGAUGGAAGUGCCUUCCAUCUGUCAGCUGAGUUUCUUAGAGUCUGCAGUCCUGCUGUUGAUAGCAAGAUUAGAACGAUAGGCGGUGAGAAGGUCAUUGCUGGUCGCCGGCAUGUCGGUAUCAUGUCUGCAGAACCAGUGGGAAACUAUGGUGUCAGAAUAGUUUUCGAUGAUUUGCACAAGACUGGAAUAUACACAUGGGAUUACUUUUAUAAACUCGGCGCAAACAAGUUUACACUAAUGCGAAAUUACAUCAAGACAUUGAAGAAACAUGGCCUUUGCAGGGAUCCAAAGAGAAGAACAUGACAUGGAUGGUAGAGUCCUUGCUGAAAAAUUCACUUAGCAAACCCCAUUAGAAGACGACGCCAUAGGUGUCUUCCACUCCCUUUUAUUGAAACAACCAAACGAGUUUUCAUUUACUAGUUUUUGAAGAAACAAUCUGGUUAGCAAGGCGGUCCAAGGAAAUUGGAGACUGUAUAUUUCUCAUCAUAUUGCAUUUCUUUUAGAUUUUUUUUUUGUCAUUUUUUCCAUUAAGACAUAAAUUUUUUUUGUUAAAAUAUAAAUCUAAAUUUCUCAA